CGCCGCCCGCCGUGAUCGUCAACGUAUAUCUCAGGGUACCGAGCCUAUUGUGCCCGGGGAACCCUUGCCCACGUCCUUUAACGUCUUCGCCGCCAGCAGGCCCAGACAAAGACCGCUGCCACAUCUGAGAUGGCCAUUACGCCUGCGAUGAACCGCUCCAAGCGCCUCACAUUUGUAUACUAUUGCUCGGGACAUGGAUAUGGCCACGCUACCCGUGUAUCCGCUUUUGCACGCCAUCUCCUCAGCCUCGAAUCUCAACCUAUCGUCCACAUUGUAUCUUCAGCACCCAGGCACGUUUUUGCCGACAGUAUAGCACUAGGAGCCUUGUAUCGUAAUGCCGACAUAGAUCCCGUAAUCGUACAACCCCUUGCAUACCGCGUCGAUCGAAGGAAGAGCGUCGAGGUCCUGGAGAACUUCCUCGCGAAGAAGGAUGUGAAGGUGGCGGACGAAUCGCAAUGGUUGCAAGCCGUCCGUGCGGAUUGUGUCCUGAGCGAUGCAGCGUUCUUGGGAUGCCUCGCUGCUAACAAAUCCGGGUUACCUUCAGUUCUGAUCACGAACUUCUCCUUCGACUCCGUUUUUAGCUACCUGUCUACUGCUAUGGUAGAUGAGCCGCCCAAACCUGAGAAUCCAGCAGCGGACGGGAUGCUGUCCCCUCCGUCAGCGAAAGUGAAGGAAGAUAUCGAGCCGGACGUUCCGAUUCCGGAAGCGGAGCUCGCUCCUCUGGUCGACCAGAUCCUCUCGGGCUAUCGCUGUGCAGAUCUCCUGCUGAGGCUCCCGGGCACCAUCCCACUACCAUCGUUCGCCAUUCAACCCGCCUUGCCGUCCCCAGACUGGGUUGACAACCAGACCAACAAAUUCAAGCCCUUCAUCCUCGAGCACCUCACGCAGCCUCCAACCUGUUACAAACUCCACCCGCAGGUCCCCUUCUCGCCCCAAUACCCCCCUAAGCCCCUCGCGCGCCACGUUCACGACGCGCCCCUCCUCGUGCGCCCGCCCAGCGCGGACAUCCACACGCCCGCAGGCAGGCGCCGCCUGCUCGAUUCGAUCGGCAUCCCCACGCACCUGCAAGAUCCCGCAAAGACCAAGAUCCUCAUCGUCUCCUUCGGCGGGCAGACGUUCCACAAGCCCGCGAGCAGGUCGCACAGCCGCACGCCUUCCAAGGCGGCGACCCCCACGAGCGUUCCGUCCACCGUCCCCGCGCAGUCCCCGAGCAGGACCGUGUUCCCCGCGGAGCCCACGCCCGUGCCCGCGUCUGCUUUUCAGGACUCGAGCAGCAGAUUCGAUACCGCGAACCCUGAGGUGAACCCGCAGGCCCUUUCAGACGCGCUGCAACGCGCACAAGCAGAGGCCGCGAGCCCGCCCUCGCGCGUGCCCUCCAUGGUGGGACGUCCCCGACACCUGUCCCAGCUCCGCGUCGCGGGCGCUCCGCCUGUUGCGGUGCCGACCUCGCCGCGCUCAUCGACCGCCGGCGUGCCCACGUUCCAGACCAUCCCCCCCUCGCCGAACGUCGACGCGGCCGACGACGCCUUCGCGCACAAGCUCGCGCAGGCCGCGGCCGCCGAGGCGGUCCUCGCCGCCGCGCACGACCAGGCGGAGGACGUGCGCAUCCUGCCCGACGGCUCCUGGAUCGCGGUCGUGUGCGGGGUGCCGAAGGACUGGGGCCGCGAGGACGGCGAGGAGCUGCCCGAGCAGUUCUUCGUCGCGCCGCGGGACGUGUACAUGCCGGACCUGACCGCGGCCGCGGACGUGCUGCUCGGGAAGCUCGGGUACGGGACCGUGGCGGAGUGCGUGGACGCGCGGACGCCGUUCGUGUACGUGCCGCGGCCGCUGUUCGUCGAGGAGCACGGGCUGCGGGUGUAUCUGGCGCGGGAGGGCGUGGGCGUGAAGCUGGAGAGGGAGAAGUACGAGGUGGGGGAGUGGGCGGGGGCGGUCGAGGAGGCGUAUGAGAGGGGGCGGGAGGAGAAGACGCGGAAGAGAGAGGAGGGGGAGACGGGGAGGAGGGCGGAGGAGGGGAGGGAGAUGGCCGGGUAUUUGGUGGAUUGGGUAGGGAGGUGGCAGGCUGGGGUGGCUCAGGGGACCGGGCAAUCGUGAGGGUCGACGGCGAACGGUCGAUUGGAUGUUGUAUCGAGCGGAUCGAAUGGUGGACGCUGGGUUCAUAGCCCUUGGCUCGGACACAUCCUCAUCGCAUUUCGGACUCGAACUCGCAAGCCAUACACUGAUACCCGUCCUGUAGAUCGACACCAGUGCGAACGUACAAUACUCACAUUCGUAUACGUAUUCAAGGACCUUCCCAUUCUGCGGGCUAUACGUGUAUAACCAUGUUGCAGAAUGGUAUUCUAC